AUGAUAUUAAGUGAGUAUACAGAUAAUUGGUUCGACGAAAUAGAGACAACAGACACAACGAACGAAAUGAUAAAUGAAACAGUUGACAAUAUGACGAACAUAGUAGUUGACGAUAUGACAAAUAAAGCAGUUGACGAUAUGACGAACGUAGCAGUUGACAAUACGACGAACGAAGCAGUUGAUGAUACGACGAAUGAAGCAGUUGAUAACACAUUAUUGAGUUUUGUAGAACAAGUCUAUGAUUAUAUUUUACUGUUUGAUACUGACUCUUUUGACGAAGAACCUAAUAAUGUUUUUCUUACUUUAACUUUGGAUUCAGAUCAUAAUCAAGGUGAUAGUGAAUAUUCAAUAUACAAGUUUGACUAUAUUAAACAAAUAAGAAGUGCUGAAGUAUAUGGUCCAGCAUUACGAGAG